GGAGGAGGAGGAGGAGGAGGAGGAAGAAGAAGAAGAAGAAGAAGAAGAAGAAGAAGCUGUUUCGGCUUCCCCGAGGUCGCUGGUCGAAAGUGUGCACUUCAUAUUUUUAAGGGAAUCUGUCAGUUCUCAGUUUACAAUAAAGUACAUUUCAGUCACUGUAAAGUCACCAUGGCGCAGUAUAAAGGAGCGGCCAGCGAGGCGGGCAGAGCCAUGCAGUUGAUGAAAAAACGCGAAAGAGAGAGAGAGCAACUGGAGCAGUUGAAACAAAAAAUAGCAGAGGACAACAUUGUGAAAUCCAACAUUGAUAAAAAGUUCUCUGCUCACUAUGAUGCUGUUGAACAAGAGCUUAAGUCAAGUACUGUGGGACUGGUGACUUUGAAUGACAUGAAAGCAAAGCAGGAAGCCCUUGUAAAAGAACGAGAAAAGCAGCUGGCCAAGAAGGAGCAAUCUAAGGAGCUACAGCUGAAAUUAGAGAAGCAGAAAGAGAAAAAGAGAAAAGAGGAACAGAAGAGAAAAAUUGCUAGUUUGUCUUUCAGUCCUGAUGAAGGAGAGGAGGAAGAUGAGGAAAAGAAUGAAGAGGAUGAAGACUAUACCCCAGUUAAGAAAAAGAAGCUGGGGAAGAACCCUGAUGUUGACACCAGCUUUCUUCCAGACAGGGAAAGAGAGGAGGAGGAAAAUCGCCUGAGGGAGGAGCUUAGACAAGAAUGGGAGCGGAAGCAGGAGAAAAUCAAGGGUGAAGAAAUUGAAAUCACUUUCAGUUAUUGGGAUGGAUCUGGACACCGGAAAACAGUCAAGAUGAAGAAGGGUAAUACUAUUCAGCAGUUUCUUCAAAGAGCCCUGGAGGUUUUGAGAAAAGACUUCAGCGAGUUGAGGUCUGCUGGAGUGGAGCAGCUCAUGUAUAUUAAGGAGGAUUUAAUCAUCCCUCAUCACCACAGCUUCUAUGACUUCAUCGUGACAAAAGCUAGAGGCAAAAGUGGACCUCUUUUCAGUUUUGAUGUUCAUGAUGAUAUCCGAUUGGUAAAUGAUGCUACGGUUGAGAAAGAUGAGUCUCAUGCAGGAAAGGUGGUUCUGAGGAGCUGGUAUGAAAAAAACAAACACAUAUUUCCUGCUAGCCGAUGGGAGCCUUAUGAUCCUGAAAAAAAAUGGGACAAAUACACGAUUCGAUGAGGUGGCUCUUUGCAUCCAUGUGGGAUUCAGUCAUAAAAUAUGACUGUAUUGCUUUCCUUUUUAAGAGGAUAUCAACAUGUAAAAGAUUUCUUUUGCUCUUUUAAAAAUGUGUCCUACAUCCUAAUACUUAACAAAUGUCCCUCUGUAUAGGCAAAUUAAUCUUCACUGCCUCAGUACACAGCAGAUAAAUACAACUUUUAUGACAAAUAGUUCUUAAUAUGGGAGUAAGGUUUAGAAAUAUCCUUUAUACAUUAAUGCAGUGUCAUAAAUAAUUAAAAAGAGAUUUGCUUUUUGGGAUAUUUGGAUCAUUUUUCAGCUCACAUUUUGUCAGGUUAGUCUUCUAGUAAACUACGUACAUUCUGGUAAUUGUCUGGUAAUUCUAUGUACAUUCUGGUGAAUUCUGUUUUAUUGGACACAGAAUAUCAAUGUAAUUUUACUCUAUUGUAAGAUGUAUUAAUGUGCCAGGCAGUUUAUUGUAAUGUUGUGUGUUGCUUUAACUAUAUGAUGUAUUUUCACAUAUAACAUCCCGUCAAUAAAUAACAAAUAAAGUUGUCUUAUGUUUCAGUAAAGCCAU